UCGGCUCAGAUCCUGUGUCUCACCUACUUUCUGCAUGUUGGCCUGUGUGGGCUUGGUUUCCUCGAAGUUCCAAGUUCCCCAGUCCUUUGUCAGCAGGAAGUUCCAAGCUCCCCAGUCCUUGGUCAGCAGGAAAUUCCAAGCUCCCCAGUCCUUGGUCAGCAGGAAGUUCCAAGUUCCCCAGUCCUUGGUCAGUAAUCCUUCACGUUCUUUCAUGGAUCUGAAAACUCUCGUUUCAUCUUUGAAUGACUUUGCCUCACUUGCAUUUGCUGAAAACUGGGACAAUGUUGGAUUAUUGGUGGAGCCAAGUCCACCCCAUACCGUGAAGACACUUUUGCUAACAAAUGACCUGACAGAGGAAGUGAUGGAGGAGGCACUCCAGAGGAAAGCAGAUCUCAUUCUCUCCUAUCAUCCACCUAUUUUCCGACCACUCAAGCGCAUAACCUGGAAAACAUGGAAGGAGCGUCUGGUGAUCAGGGCUUUGGAGAAUAGAAUUGCUGUCUAUUCUCCACAUACUGCCUACGAUGCUUUACCCCAAGGAGUCAACAACUGGUUGGCAAAAGGGCUUGGAGUUUGUACCUCUCUCCCAAUACAUCCUUCAAAAGCUCCUAACUGUCCAACAACAGGAACUCAUCGAGUGGAGUUUAACAUAAAUGACACCCCAAGUAUGGACAAAUUCAUGUCUGCAGUGAAAGAGAUACCAGAAAUUUCGAUCACUACCUUAUCUGCCAGGAAUGAUGGAGAAGAACAAGUACGAGUCAGUCUGAACUGUACCCAGAAGUCAUUGUUGCGAGUGGUGGCUUUUCUCUCUGAAAAUAGCCAUCUUUAUCAGAAGACUGAGAUUCUGUCACUGGAGAAACCUCUGCUUCUGAAUACUGGGAUGGGAAGAUUAUGCACAUUGGUUGAAUCUGCCUCCCUGGCAACCAUGAUUGAACGAAUCAAAGGUCACCUAAAACUGGCCCACCUCCGCCUAGCUCUUGGAGUAGGGAGAACUUUAGAGUCUCCAAUCAAAGUAGUAGCCUUGUGUGCCGGUUCUGGGAGCAGUGUGCUUCAGGGUGUAGAAGCAGAUCUUUACCUUACAGGUGAGAUGUCACACCACGAUGUCCUUGAUGCUGCUGCCCAAGGGAUAAAUGUCAUUCUUUGUGAACACAGCAACACUGAACGAGGCUUCCUAUCAGAACUUCAAGACACUCUGACAGCUCACCUAGAGUAUAAAGUCAACAUUAUCCUGUCAGAGACAGACAGAGACCCUCUUCAGGUGGUAUGAAACAGGAAUAUCUGGGCUACUGCACUAUGUAAAUCCAUCACAUCCUAAAGAGUUUAUACUCAGGAACAGAGUUGGUACAUCUCAAAGUGGUAUUCCUUAUAAUGGUUCAUUUUUAUUUAGUUUGAUGAACUGGCUAAAUUUAAUCCUUAAAGUGAAGAUUAAUGUGCUUUAUUACACUAAACUGCUUUAUUACAACAAAAGAUGUUUGCUACAAACUCAAUUAAUGAAUAUGGAAAUUGGCUUCAGAAAGCAUUAACAGGAGGUAGCUUCAAGUAAUUUAAUACUUGGCUACAUUGACAUUUCUCAGUGUUAGUGUCAUUUUACUUAAAAUAUACUAUACUAGAAAACUGUAAAUAUAAUCUCAUAGAGGAUAUGGAUGUGCUCCUUUGCACAAAGCAAGUCAUCAUUUGAGGAAAUUAAAAUUAUUCUGUGUCAUUUAAUAAUUGCUUUUAUUCUAUAAUUGACCUGAUUCCCUAUUAUGUUGAGGCACAUUGCUCAGUUCUGGAGUUAAGCUCAAGAAUGUGAUCUUUCCUAGUCUGAAUUAGUUUAAAAUGGUGGUUGAAAGGGAAUGUUAUUACUCAUGCAGCUAAGCCCCUGGGACAUCUGUUUGUUGUCUCUAAGCCCUAACCAGCUUAACUUGGUGUCAUCCUUCAAAAGUCAAGUGGUCUGUCCUUCUACAAUUAGGAAAGGCUUGACUUCCUCUAAGUAGGGAUUAAACCAGGUGGCUCUGGUCCUGGUCCCCUAACAAAGAUUACAAGAAGCAGAUGAUUCCCAAAAGACAAUAAACAUUUAAUAAUUGUCAGCCAGGAGCAUGAUUAGAUCUCCCUGGAUGCCAAUCACACCCCCUCCCCCUUCCUGUGAGUAAAUAGAGGAUCCCGCCCCCCCCUCAUUGGGGUCGAUGGCCUUGCUAGGGUGGCCAAUCUGACCUGCUUUGUUAACAGUAAAUAAAGUGAUCAUGCUUGGAGAACAUAUUUCAGUUUACCUUUAUUGUA